UACCGUAAUGCUUCUCGACUGUUUGUUUCUCCGUAUUCGCUCGACUAAUGGCGUCACCGCUGAUACUGACAUGGAUUUAAAAAUAGAUUUCUGGGAAGACCACAUUCAAUGUUUGUUUUGACAACCGCCAUCGAAGGUACGUGUAACGGUAUCUAAUGCAGCACAUGCAAGCCAACCUGAAUAGCAAGGCGAAUAACCGUGGAACACAUCUAAUUAUAAGAAGGUUCUACAAACAGCACACCAGUGUCAUGAUUAAGAUGUCAGGCUUCAUGGUACUUGGAUGUCUGUUUCUCUUGUUUCAUUUACACGAAUAUUCUGCUCAAUACUGUGCGGAGGGAUAUGUACGUGUACGUGCGGGCUGGGUUAAGUGUACACUAAAGAAAACCUGUCAGGAAAGAGGUUUCGUCAUUCAUAAUGGCUUCUGUCGUCGAUCCUGUCCGAGGGAUUUUUACAUUUCUCAAAAUGACCGAACCUGUCACAAAACAUGUCCGUAUGACACAGUUGUGAACGGCUCCUACUGCUUCACUUCUACACAAUGUACAGACAUGGAUAUGUUCGUGUAUAAUGGCGGAUGUGUUGAAUCCUGCCUACCAGAGACCGUUGUCACAAUGUCAGGUGUUUGUGUUCAUAAUUGUCCAAAUGAAACAAUCACCAAUACUACUCACUGCAUUAAUCCUAAUAACUGCACUGAAGCUGGAAAAGUAAUCUACAAUAAGACAUGUAUGGACAACUGCCCACCCGGAUCUCCGUAUGUUGUUUCUGGAGCUUGUGCCUCAGACUGUCCGCCUGACAAAGUGUUAUACCAUCACCAGUGUAUAACACAACACGGGUGUAUACAGGAAGAAGGCAAACUUAUUCAAGGUAGAUCAUGUGUGGAGUCCUGCUCCCGAGACACCCCGAACUUGUAUGAAGGAAGAUGUCACACAGAAUGUCCUUCAGGAACUGUGCUCAAUGCUUCACUGUCUACAUGCCUUGUAGAUUCUGUCUGUGCAGACAGGGGACAAUUCAUACACAAUAAAACAUGUAUUGCAGAAUGUCCACGGUACGUAAGUGGUAAAGCAUGUGUUGACGAAUGCCCUGAAGGAAAUGUGUUGCAUCACAAAGAGUGCAUUACAAUUACAAGGUGUACAAGUUUUAACUAUCUGUAUAUGAUUGUGUUUAAUGGCACUUGCGUUACAUCCUGUCCAGAGGAAGCACCAAAUAUAUACUCAGAUUAUAUGUGCUAUGCAGUCUGUCCGCGGAACUACGUUGCGGAGGACUGGCGCUGUGUAUCUAAAUGCAGUUCAGACAGGGGACAAUUCAUACACAAUAAAACUUGCGUUACAAGUUGUCCUGCUACAGCACCCCUUUUUAAUAUUGACGGUUUUGGAAUGAAAUAUUGUUUGUCAAUAUGUCCUGCCAAAACGGUUAUCAACGAUAAACAAUGCAUAAGCGAUAAGUCAUGUAAAUCAAAACAGAUGGUAAUAUUCAAUGGAGCUUGUCUAGCCACAUGCCCCGAAGAGGCACCAUUUAAUAGUCGUGGGGUCUGUCACCAGCAAUGCCCUCAAGGCCAAAGAGCAGGUGACACUGAAUGUAUUGAGUGUGAAUCAGAUAAACUCAUAGAUGGCAAGGAAUGUAUCUAUAAGUUUCAAUGUCAAGCAAGAAAAAAGUUUCAUCAUCAGGGCAAGUGUCUCUUAUCCUGCCCACAUGGGACGAUAGAAAACAAAUAUGUCCUUGGGAACACGUGUCUAGCACAACCAGACCUCCCAUUACUACUGACACUGCUAUUUGUCGCAAUUUUGGUCUGCAUCAUCAUCUGCAUCUGCAUGACGAUUCCAAGGAAUGGAAUAGGAACACAGAGCAAAGGAAUAAAGGCGACAUUGACCACCAAGAACAGGCACCAAGUUUAUAAAAACCAUGGUUUUGAAGAACACGAAGUGGGCGAAUGCAGUAAUGAUACCAAUGAGGUCAAUAUUGGACCAUUCCGUCAACGUGGCAAUGAAGGAGCUGAUGACGUUGACGUUGUGGCUACAGACGAAAAUGACCAAUAUGACAUCACUCAUAUAAAAAGCGAUGACCUUGUGGAUAUCCUGAAUGAAAUGGAGCAGGGCAGUCAAAGUGAAACAUAACAUUAUAUCUACGACAUUUAAUUCUUGUGUUACAGCAAAGUAUUAACAAAGAUUAAUCAAUGGUAUCAGUGAUAUGUCAUAUUAGUAAGACAGGCAGAUGUAUUUAUAUAAUUCUGUAUAAUGGGCAAUAGCCAUAGUAGUAUAGUCAUUUGCAUUCAACUGAGUACACGGGCACAUUGAGGGUACAUCAAACUGUAUUUCCUCCGUGAUAAGCCAACAACACAUAAUAUACCAGUGUACUACAAAGUCUUUACAUUCAGAAGAUGAUGUAGCUUCAUUCAUUUUCAGUUUCAUGAACCCCCACACAAAUCCAACGCCAGAUUAAAAUAAUAUGUUUCUAAUACAUCUAACCCAUUUAAACGUCCAUUUCCAUCGAUGAUCAUAACACUACUAGGCUCCUAUAGUAAUAAUGUUUCACCAAUAUUCCACUGCCUUUACACUGUAAGUAAGUACGAUUCAUGGUUAAUCGAUCAGUUCAUACAUACGUUGUUACAGCUAUUAUCACUAGAACAUGGGUUUUUUAAUACAUACUAAGUAUGUGUUCAAGGUUUUUGUUUUCAUUUCCACGCGUCCCUCUGUGUUGAUAGGCAUCCCCGUGAAACGGAACUACUUUCAGGUAUCUUUGGAAAUGGACUCCCGCCACUGCCGAUGAUUUUUCCAAUCUCUGCUACGCAUUUAAACACAAAAGUAUUGACAUGGAGUUCUCCCAAAUGACCUUGGAAAAUUCUUUUGGCACUAACCACGAAACAGUCAAAGGUCAAGAUUGGGAAAGCCUCGAAAUGUAUUUUCCCCGUGAACAUCGGGGUUAAUUGGUCCUCAGUAAUCCAUUCUUGUAUAUCAUUUCACGGAUGGGGCAUUGCUUUCAAAAAAACAUUUUGUAAUGAUUAGCUAAAUGUCAAGGUUAGCGUUCAAGGUUUUUAGUAAAUUCUUAUUCCAUUCUUUCUUAAGAAACCCGCAGACAUAAGAUGCCAUUUACCUUUAUGUCAAAGGGCAAAGGUUCUUUCGAAUUAUUGUCAAAAGUUGUAUCAUAAUUAUCUCUUGAAAACGGCGCAAAGAUUAUCAACAUAUAAGGACACCCUGAGAUGGAUUUAUUUUAUCUGGACCCGUGGUAAAGCCCAAGGUCACGAGAAAAUUCAUAUAAUGUCAUCAACCUCGUCAAGAAAUACAGCUUCUUCAUUACUUGCUUGAACCGUUUGUAAAGGUAAUCUCUUGACACAACUAUCCGCACACUGCAAUAAGAACAUAAUUCAACUGCAAUCAUUGAUCUACUUUAUGAAACAUGGAGAUAUUUAAAUAUUUUUUAUUCAGUUCAGUAUAUGAUAUUACAGAGUUAUACAUUGAGUAGCUCGCCAUGUGGAAUACUUAUUAGGUGUAGGUUACAUACCUAUACAGCAAAUUUAAGUUGGAUACAGGUGUACAACAAUGUUUACAAAUGGUGAAACGGGCAGGCUACAUUUGCCAUGUUUAGUGUGAAGCUAAAUCCUUACAGCCCAUUAUUGGAAAUUGUUCAUGUUUUAAAAAAAAGAGACAUAUUAACCAGACAAUUCAUUUGCCAUAUUGUGUCAAACUGUCUUAUUGUAUUGUUUUUGUGUGUAAUUGAUUUCUCUAUCCGAAAUAUAUCAAUUAAAGUCUUCAGAAACUUUUCAAGUGACACUUUGUUUUUCUUAAUACUUGUAUAUAUUUUUAUAUGUAUAUAUCUUUUGCAUGCCAGUAUGAUGUGAUUUAACAGAAUGUUAGAGUUGUACCCAAGUAAAAUAGAGCAUUUUGUAAAUGUAAAUUGUUUUGAACAUUUUGCAUUCAGAAAACAUUCAAAUUUAGCCCAAAACUCUUUAACAUGCUUACAAUCCGAAUAUACAUAAAGUAAGGAUUCAGCAUCAGUGCCAGAAAAUGAGCACAGAUCAUCAUCGAGAAUUUUCAUUUUAAACAAUUCUUUCUUUGUAUAGAUGAUGCGAUUAAUAAAUGUAUUCUGAAAAUCAAGUAAUUUUACAUCUUUUGUACAUUUUCUGUAUCUGAUAAAAACAUCCUUCCAUGAUAUAUCUAAGUCGAGAAUGGUAUCCCAUUUUUCAAAGACUGUUGGGAGAUUUGCUGUAGUUAUAGUCUUAUCAUAAAAAUACCUGGAGCCUUUAGGCGCUACAAGUAAGUCCAUCAAAAUUGUAUUUAAAUGUUUAUUAUAUAAGAUAAUGUGAUUAUUUCUAAUAGUAUCUUUCCAGGAUUUUGGCAUGUUUAAUAGAACUUGGUAAUAGUCAAUAAUUGUGCCUUUAAUUGGGUAUUUUCUUUUAAGUUCAUAUUAGGGCAUUAUAUCAUCUUUAAAGAGUAAAUUCCCUUUAACAACCAGUUACUUAUAAUGAAAUCGGUUUUUUUUUAAACUAAUGAUUACACCAAAAAGGUUCUGUUUGUGGAGUUUGUUUUGUGUCUUCUAUACAGUGUUCCCCAAGCAGUCAAAACAUCUCUCCAGUAAGGGUUAGCUAAGUGUAUACAAUAUUGGCCCCAAGUAGGAAUAUGUUUUUGGGUGGAAAGAUGCUAGGGUUAUUACAGUUUUUGUUUUGGAGAUGUUUUUUGAGAACUGACAGUUUUAGAGAAUUUAUAAAAGACCUUACCUCUAUCAUUCUCAGUCCGCCUUCGUCAUAUUUUCUAAUUAAAGUUGUUAGUUUUAUUUUGUUCCUUUUAGCAUUCCAGAUGAAUCUGUACAAUAUUUUGUUUAGUUCAUCAAUAAAUUCACUUGGAGGGUUUGGAAGAGAGGAAAAUAUUUGUACUGAGGUUGACAGGGCCAUGAUUUUGACAACAGUAAUUUUACCUAUCAAUAUUAAAUUCUUUUCCUCCAUUUCCCUAAAAUUUGAUUAAUAAUUUCAAUUCUCUUCUUUGUAUUGAUUACCCACAGAUUAUUUAAGUUCGAAUUAAGCUUUAUUCCCAAUAUGUCAAAGUCCCCACUGUGCCUGUCUAGCUUCACAUCCUGACAUGAUUUGAUGUCACAGCUUGUCAUUGAGCCUAUCCAUAUUGCUUUUGUUUUAUCAAUAUUGAUUUUUAAUCCUGACAUUUUAUAAAAUCAUUUGGGUGUCAAUCGCUGCACUUAAACUUUCGUCAUUCCCAUCUAGAAAUAUGUCAGUAUUAUCAGCAUAUUGUCCAAGUUUAUGUUCCACAUUAUUCAGUUUGAUACCUUUUAUUGCAUUAUUAUCACGAAUCAUUAUUCCCAACGUUUCUGCAACGAGCAUGAAUAGAUAUGGAGACAAUGGGUCUCCUUGUCCAUAUUGCUUUUCGUUACAGAAGAAUGUAGAAAGGUGUCCAUUUUGUAUGAUGCAAGAUGAAGUUUUAUUUAUUAGUGUGUGUAUCCAUUUUCUUAUGUUAGGUCCAAAGCCAAACAUGUCCAGUGUCAACAUGGUAAAUUGUUUUGAAACAGUACCAAAAGCUUUUUCAAAGUCUAUGAGUAAUAGUAAACCAGGCUUAUUUUGUAAUUUUGAUUCAAACAAAAUAUCACAAAGUAUUCGUUUGUUUUUGCUAAUACAUCUUCCAGGGAUAAAGCUAGCUAGGUUUCUGUGUACAAGAGUAUAAAGUGUUGUUUUAAUUCUGUUUGCUAUACAUGUACUCAUAAUUUUAUACAAUGAGAGAAAUUGGUCGCCAGUUUUUGAGUAGUUGUUUAUCUUUAGUGCCUUUAGGUAUACAGGUAAUGACACCUCUAUUCAUUGUUAGACUUAAAGUGUUAUUUCUAAAUGUUUCUGUAAUAUAUUUGUAUACCCAUAUUCCAAGUUCUUUCCAGAAAAAAUUGAAAAACUCUACAGGGAAUCCAUAAAUACCUGGGCUUUUGUUAUUUUUCAUAGAUUUUACGGCCUUUGUUAUUUCAUUCAUGUUAAUCAUGUCUUCUGAAUAAUCAAACUAUGAUUUACUAAGUUUUGGUGUCUUAAGUUUGUGUAAUAAAUUUUUGGAUUCAUUA